AUGGAAGGAAACGAUAAGGUGAAUAGCCAAAGAGAUCUCUUUCUGCAGCUGCGGAAGGAGUUUCUGUUACUUCAUCUCGUCUGGCAUAGGAAUAAAAACCAGCAUAGAAGGUCGGUGUGGUGGAAACGACUCAACAUGAUGAAGAGGAACUGUGGUCAGGUACUGGAGAUUUUGCAGAAACCAUCGGUCGAGAAAACUGAAGAGGUGAUUAGGUUGUACAAACUGAUGAACGAUUUCAACAAGCGACAGCUAUCCAAGACCUAUCACGAUUUCAAUGGCGUCAUAGCCCUGGGACAGUUCGUCACACUCGGUGUAACAUUGAUUGGUUUACUGAGCAGGGUGUUCUCUACUUACAAGCUAGUUCUGGCUCUCUUCCGGAUCAGAUUCCAGGAUGUUGGGUGUCUCGAUAGGACAAUAUCGAUCAAAGCACGGAAGAUUCCUGUGUCAUUGGGGGAAAACCAGCCAUAUCCAGGAAUGGAGGAGAUAGGCGAGGAGAUCAUUGAGGCGCCAGUUCAAGCUACCACGCGCAAUGCCGUUACUGUUACGGAAACCUUAUUGCCAAGCAAGAAGGUUUCAAAGAAAAAAAAGAAGAAAUCAAAGUCUGUCAUAGACAGCAUAUUUGGGUAA